GUGUGCUGCCAAUAAACUGUUGUGUCAGAAGAUCGCGGUUAAAAAGUUAUUUUGAACCAAUCUUGGACAUUCCAUGAUAUUUCCAUCUUUAUGGAAGGCAAAAGUGUUAAGAAGAAACCAGUGAGCAGGAAGAGGUCUGUGAAAAAAGAACAAGAUGAUGAUGAAAGUCCUGUACCUUCCAAAAAGUUGAAGACAGAAAUAAAGAAAGAGGAUGGAGGAAUGCCGCAUGUAUCGGAGCAAGAAAGCCUUGACAUUAAGGGUCGAAAAGCUCCCUUAAAAUCCAAAGUGAAAACUGAAGGUUUCUCAGUGUCUUGGAAUGAGGAGUCUGUGAUUAGCAACAGGCUUGAUGUUCCAGUGUGGGCUACCACCAAUGUAGUCAAACUGUUGGACGAGGGAUGCACAAUUCCUUUUAUUGCCAGAUAUCGGAAGGAGCAAACAGGAGGAAUGGAGGCAAACAAGCUGCGGGAUACGUUAACACUGCUGGAAGAUCUCAGGGCAGUUGAGAACAAGGUGAAGUCUGUGAAGCAAUCUAUAGAAGAAAAGGGGAAGCUAACAAAAGACCUUGAGACAGCAUUGAGUAACUCACAGACACUUCAGGAAGUUGAAACUCUGUAUGCCCCAUUCAAGCCAGGGAAUAAAGGAACACUUGCAGAGAGGGCGAGAGCUCUGGGCCUCCAACCCCUGGCCUUGAAGUACAUCAGUGGAAGGGGAUGGAAGACUGAGGCUGAUGCUUUCAUAAAAAAAGACACUAAAGGUUUGCAAGAUCAGAAAGAAAUCCUGGAGGGAGUGAAACACAUUAUAGCGGACAUUGUUCACAAAGACCCAAAGGUUAUGGAGACAGUCAGAAAUGUAGGCCUGGAUGGCCAAGUCUGGAUCUACAGCUGUGAAAACAAGGGAAAGAGACCAGACCCCAAGCCCGGCACAAAACCUGAGCCCACACACAAAUAUGAGCUCUACUUUAACUUUCAGAAGGCUGCCAAGAAUGUUCAACCUCAUCAGAUUUUAGCCAUUAAUCGAGGAGAAACACACAAGAUUCUUGCAGUGAAGUUGGAAGUUCCGAAGUUUCUCGAACAGCAGAUAAUCUCCACAUGCUGUCAACGAAUGCUGCAUGGAAACGUGAACAAUGACAGUCGUGUCAUACUGUCUGAAGCAAUAGAUGAUGCCUACAACCGUCUUAUACUGCCUCAAAUACAAAGAAAUGUCAGAUCUAACCUGACAAAGCAAGCUGAAAAAUCCUCCAUAGAAGUGUUUGCCAAGAAUCUGAAGAACUUGUUACUUCAAUCCCCACUGAAGGGCCACGCCAUCCUUGCCAUUGAUCCCGGCUUCUCACAGGGCUGUAAAGUAGCAGUCAUCUCACAAACUGGUCAGGUGUUAGCCACAGAUAAAGUCUUCCCAUUCAGCAAAGUAAACACAGUUCUAUCAAAGGAUAGAAAUAAGCUAGAAAACAUGAUAGUCAAUCACAAGGUAUCUGUGGUUGCUAUUGGUAAUGGAGUGGCAUGCAGGGAGACGGAGACAUUUGUGUCAGAUAUGAUCAAGAAACUUUUCCCAGAUCUGAAAUACUGCAUCGUGAGUGAAAGUGGGGCCUCUAUCUAUAGUGUAUCGGACAUUGCCCAGAAGGAGAUGCCAGAGUUGGACCCCUCUCUCAGAGGGGCUGUGUCCAUUGGCCGAAGACUUCAGGAUCCCCUGGCAGAGUUGGUGAAAGUUGACCCCAAACACAUCGGAGUAGGCCAAUAUCAGCAUGACAUGCCCCAGAACCAGCUAAAAGUCUCCCUCGACUCAACUGUGGAGGAGUGUGUCAGCUUUGUGGGUGUCGACCUCAACACAUGCAGUGAAUGUCUUCUCAGUCGAGUAUCUGGCUUGUCAGCUGCGAGGGCCAAGAAAGUCCUGGAAUGGCGGGAGAAGUUUGGUCCGUUCAUCUGUCGUGAGCAGCUUAUGUCAGUGAAAGGGCUUGGGGCUAAGACCUAUGAACAGGCAGCUGGCUUUGUCAGAAUUCACACACUGAAUCCUGAAGUCUACAGAGGAACAACUAAAAACUCAGAUGCUGAGGAAAAGAGGGGGAAGAAGACAAAAGGCAAGAGAAAGGCGAGUGUGGAGAUACAACCAAACCCAUUAGACAUGACUUGGAUCCAUCCUGAGUCAUACCAUCUCGCACACAAAUUUGUGGAGCUUGCUUCGGUAACAUUGGAUGACAUAGGACAGAAAGACUUUAUUAACAGAGUCAACCAGUACCUGUCACAACACAGUGUCAGUGACGUAUCCAGCCAGCUUGGGUGUGGGGAGCCCACUGUGAACCUCAUAGCAGACGCCCUUCGACGCCCCCUUACAUAUGAUCUCAGAGAUGAGUUUGACAAGCCUUUAUUCAAGAAAAGCAAGACAGACAUCAGCAAACUGAAAAUGAACGACCAAGUGUCUGGAAAAGUUAGUAAUGUGACCCACUUUGGGGCCUUCGUGGAUAUCGGGGUUGGGAAUAGCGGCCUCGUGCACACAAGCCAGAUGUUUGUUAAAGACAAGUAUGGACAGAGGUCAAGGCACAGCCUUCAGAUCGGAGAAAUGAUUCAAGCUACCAUUGUAAAACUUGAUCUUUCAAAAGGGCAUAUUGGAUUAAAACUUGUAAAAGUUCUGUAAUAUUUCAAAUACUCUGACCAAAAAAAUAUUGAUUUUUAAAUAAAAUCCAAAAAGCAACAAAAAGUUGUCUGAUUAGAGAACAUUCUGUCACUAGUAGUAGUAUCUUAGUGGAAGUCGGAAUUAGUCAUUAGUAGUAGUAUCUUAGUGGAAGUCGGAAUUUUCAUUCUUUGUUAAUAUUUGUAAUGUGAACAUUCUGUCACUAGUAGUAGUAUCUUAGUGGAAGUCGGAAUUUUCAUUCUUUGUUAAUAUUUGUAAUGUGAACAUUCUGUCACUAGUAGUAGUAUCUUAGUGGAAGUCGGAAUUUUCAUUCUUUGUUUAUAUUUGUAAUGAGAACAUUCAUUUUUUUUUCUUUUUGCUUUAUUCAGUCUGGGUUUAUUUGUUCUGGUGAUAUUCAUUUACUUUGAUACCAUGUUGUGUUCACUAAAAUUGUUAAGUUUAGGUUUUUCAUGUGACAUUCAAUUAUAUGGGUUACAUACAUGUAUAUAUCAUUAUAUGUAAAUAUUUGUUGAUAAUCUAUGUGAAACAUAUACAUGCUGUAUUUUAACAUUGAAGAGCCUUUUCAUGUAACAUGUUUUACUUGGUAAGAAUGUGUAUGAAAUAAUUAAUAUGAUCACUUGGUCUUAAACCUCAGGCCCCAGUUGCUCGAAACUUCUUAAGUCUCGUACAACAGGUUUAAGCUAAUCUCACUAUUUUUUUUUAUUUUUUUUAUAAUUUGUGUUAUAUUUACUUAUAUAAAAUAUUUUAGUCUUUAAAUAGGAAUUGUCUUGAUGAUUAUAACAUUUAACCAUGUUUCAUUUAUCAAAAUCAAAUAUAGUAUGUAUUUUGGCCUAUUAAAAAAAGCUUUUAAAGCCAUUUAACCUUAAAAAGUUUUGAAAAUUUGGGCCCGAGGUCUUGGCUUCUCAUUAAAAUGUACCUGAGCAGUAUAGGACUUUUAUUGAUAGCACUCUUGUGAAUAUGUGUAUAAAUUAAUGUAUGAUUGUGUUUGGGAGUUUUCUUGUUCAGUUAAACUUCAAAUUGUUCAAUGUUAUUAAUGUCCUUAAAAGGUGCAAUGUUAUUAAAAUAGGCCCGUUGUAGUUCAAUUUGCAUUUAACAAUUUCUGUUGAA